AUGGCGGAUAGCCCUCAAGAAUGCACCUUGCAAUUAGAAGAUUACAUAGAGUGUUUGCAUAAUAAGAAAGAGAAAGCGCGCGCGAAAGCUAUCAAGGCUGAAGAAUUACGGCAAAUUAAAAAAAGAAGAGAAGAGGAAGCGGCAGCGCGUAAGUACACAGAUUCCGCUGCAAAAAGCAAUGUUGCAAGAUUGGGAAUUGUGGACGAUGCUCAAAAGACGACACCAACGAAUUGA